AUUUAAAUUCAUCAAAUUUAAUCCCUUAUUUAAUCAUCUUUUUAAAUUGUUGUGUAUUUCAAGAAUUUCAAUUCCAAUAUUUUCGAAUCAUAAUUAGUAUGAGUGACCAAAGGAAUUAAUUUAAUAUUUUUUAGAAAAUUUAAAUGUUCACGUCGUAAAUAUUUACAGCUAGGUAAUGUUUAUUUUGAGACAAAGAAGUCGUAAGUUUAAUCAAGUGCUUAUUUAAGAAUGUGUUACUUUUUAAUGCAAUAAAAUAAUUAUAAGUCAAAUGACUGUUAUUGAUUAAGAAAAAAUGCCGAAAAUUCCUUAUAAAGUUGAAAAACAAGAAGAAGAUGAAGAUUACGAGAUUGUCUCAUUCGAGGACUUUUGCGAUAAAUCUCCAAACGCCAAAGCAGAUUUAUUGACUCUUAAUGAUAAUAUAAAUUACCGUUUGUACUAUGAAAGCGGUAAAGAAAAUAAACUCGAUGAGACUGGUGAACCAUCGGGCACAAACGACCACACAGAAACAUCGCUAAAUGGUUCGAAAAUAUCGCACAAGAAAAAAGUUCCUUUUACGCCAUUCGGCAAAAGUGACAAAUCCCGUCGAGGAUCAUUGUUUAGUGGCGUGAUACCUAAAUCACGAUCGGAUGGUGAUACUAUGAGAGAACAUAGAUACGAAAGGUUUUCUCCCCGUCGAGGUUGUCUCAAUCGCUGGUUAGAGCAAGCGGCAGGUCUAUUGCCAGGGAUGCUGGUAGCAGGGUUGUUGUGUGCCCUUGGGAUAGCCACCUGGUGGGCGGUGGGGGGCGCGCUCGCUGGCGGCUGGGGGGAUGAUCAGUACCGGAAAUUGUGGGAAAGAGUUCAUCCAGAUGAAGUGAAGAAUGUUAUUGUACCACUGAAUGUAGAGAAGCCAGUGAAGACGGAAUACCGCCUCCACGACCACAACAACCUCAGCACCAAGAACCGGAGCAAUGCAACUGACAAUAAGAAGAAGGAAGUGAAGAAGGGCUUUCUGGAACAUUCUCCGGAGGUGAUGAAGGAACUUUGUGCCAGGAUUGUUGAUGAUUCAAUGCGGUUCGACUGUUUUCCGCAAGAUGGCGCCAAUGAGGACGAGUGUGUGAAGCGAGGUUGUUGUUGGAAUGCCAAGGACCACCUGCCAUACUGUUUCUACCCGCCGCAAUAUGAAACAUAUCAAUUUAUGAACAGCACUGAAAACAAACACGGCAUGACUGUGUACUAUUCGCGAGCUUUCGACACCGGAUAUCCGGGGCAGUUUGAUGUUGCCAGGAUCGACUUUAAUUACCUCACAGAUGAUAUAUUGCAAGUUAAGAUAUCGGACGCGGAGCACAAGCGGUUCGAGCCCGCGUACCCCGCGGUGCCGCUGGCGGGCGGCGCGGCGCGCGCGCGCUACCGCGUGCAGCUGGACAGCUCGGCCGUGGGCUUCAGGCUCGUGAGGAACUCGGACAAUGUCACCGUUUGGAAUGCCCAGAACGUUGGUGGGCUGAUACUAUCCGACAAGUUCCUACAGCUAUCCGCCAUCCUACCGACGAACUACACGUAUGGCAUCGGCGAGAAACAGGCUAGAUUCCUAAACGAUAUGAAUUGGAAAACGCAUACGUUGUUCAAUAAUGACAUAGCACCUACGGAAGAUGCGAAUUUAUAUGGAAGUCAUCCGUUCUACCUGGCGCUGGAGACGAGCGGCAACAGUCAUGGUGUCUUACUUCUCAACUCUAAUGCUAUGGACAUAGUCCUACAACCAACGCCAGCUAUAACGUACCGCACCAUCGGGGGCAUACUGAACUUCUACAUAUUUUUGGGCCCAAGCCCCGGCGAGGUCGUGUCCCAAUACACGGAGAUUAUUGGUAAACCUUUUAUGCCCCCGUAUUGGGCCUUGGGAUUCCAUCUUUGCAAAUACAACUACGGCUCGCUCAACGUGACGCGCGACGUGUGGAAGGCCAACAGGGAUGCGGGAAUACCUUUUGACGUGCAAUGGAACGAUCUAGACUACAUGAGAAACGCCAACGAUUUUACCUACGACACGGAGAAGUUUGCGGGUUUGCCGGAGUUCGUGAAGGAGCUGCACGACGCGGGCAUGCAUUAUGUUAUGCUUUUCGAUCCCGGAGUGAGCGCGUCGGAGAAGGCGGGCGAGUAUCCGCCCUUCGACCGCGGCCUCGACAUGAGCGUGUUCGUCAAAAACUCUACAGAUCAGCCGUUUGUUGCUAAGGUAUGGAACAAGGUGUCGACGGUGUGGCCGGAUUUCACGCAUCCGAACGCAUCGGCGUAUUGGAAGGAAUUGAUGGCGGACUUUCAUAGAACAAUCAACUAUGAUGGGGCUUGGAUUGACAUGAACGAGCCGUCCAACUUCCUCUCGGGCCCGCUGCACGGCACGUGUGCCCCAGAGGAGGUCCCCUACAGGCCCUAUAGGGCGCUGAUGGAAAUCCGGGGCAAGCGACCACUUGUCAUAUCCCGGGCGUCGUUCCCCGGCCUGGGCCAGUUCGCGGGCCACUGGAGCGGGGACGUGUUCAGCCGCUGGCACGACUUGCGGGCCAGCAUCCCGCAGUUGCUCAGCUUCAGUCUGUUCGGCAUCCCGCUGAUGGGCGCGGACAUAUGCGGCUUCAACGGGGACACCACGCCCGAGCUGUGCACGCGCUGGAUGCAGCUCGGCGCCUUCUAUCCCUUCUCCAGGAACCAUAACUCGGACACUUCCAAGCCGCAAGACCCGGUGAGCCUGGGCAUAGUGGAGGCGAGCCGCGCCGCGCUGCGCACGCGCUACCGCCUGCUGCCGCUCUACUACACCGCCUUCUGGCGCGCGCACGCGGCCGGCCGCACCGUCGCGCGCCCGCUGCUCUUCGAAUUCCCAACGGAGACGAAGGUGUACGACAUCGACACGCAGUUCCUGAUCGGCUCGCACCUGAUGGUGGGCGCGAUACUGGAGCAAGGCGCCAACAGCACGCGCGUGUUCUACCCGGGGGCCGACCCCUGGUACAGCCUGGCCUCGGGCCGCCCGCUCGCGCUCGGCGACUGGGCCUCCGUGGGCGAGCUGGACGUCGUGGCUGUCAGGGGUGGUGGUAUAAUCCCCCUACAAGAGCCCCCGUCCCACGGGCCGGUGUCCACGGCCAGCACCCGCAGUUCGCCGCUACAACUACUUGCUGCGCCCUCUCGAGAGGCACUUGCCUCCGGGAACCUCUACUGGGAUGACGGACAGAGUUUACAUAGCUACGAAGAGAAGAAAUACACCCACAUCGUGUUCAAAUUGAAAGACAACGAACUAACCAGCACCAUACAGUGGUGGGGCUACGGAGUGCCGCAAAUUAAUGAAAUUAAAAUUCUCAAUCAGGACGCCAUCAAAACUGUCACGGUUAACAACGAGCGGGCCAACUUCACGCACGACGCACAGACAAAAGUGUUGACCGUCGAUUGUAAUAUCAACUUGGAUAAACCCUUCAGUGUCAAAUGGACGCAUCAUUGAUUUCUGAUUUAAAUCUUUU